GGCUACUGCGCGUUUUACUGCGCGUAAAGAAGAGCAGAUCUGCCUCUUACUGCGGUAUUUACCUUCUAGCGCCUUUACUCUGCCAUCCAGCACGGAGACAUGGACUCGGACCUGGUGGACAUGAUGAGAGAGGAGGAUAAGUGUGUAUCUGAGUGUGAGCUGAACGCGUCUGUGAGCAGUGAGGCAGAUCCGCGCAAUGUGCCGCCUGAGCGCAUGUCGCCUCUUCUGCCCGUUAUAACCGCCGUUUAUUUCGUAGUGUUCGUGGUGGGGCUGGUGGGGAACUGCCUCGUAAUGUAUGUCAUUAUCAGAUACACCAAAAUGAAGACAGCAACCAACAUCUACAUCUUCAACCUGGCUUUGGCUGAUGCUUUGAUUACCACCACAAUGCCUUUUCAGAGUGCAGACUACUUGUUGAACUCGUGGCCGUUUGGUGAAAUAGUGUGCAAAGUUUUCAUCUCCAUCGACUACUACAACAUGUUUACCAGCAUUUUCACACUAACCAUGAUGAGCGUGGACCGUUAUGUAGCUGUCUGCCAUCCUGUCAAGGCACUAGACUUCCGUACACCACUCAUGGCUAAGACCAUCAAUGUGGGCAUAUGGGUACUGUCCUCAGCAGCAGGAAUACCAGCGAUGGUGCUAGGAGGAACGCAGACUAAUAAUGGCACCACAGAGUGUGCCCUGCAGUUUCCUGACCCUUACGAAUACUGGGACACACUAAUGAAGAUAUGUGUGUUCGUCUUUGCUUUUGUUGCUCCCGUCCUCAUCAUUAGCAUCUGCUACUCUCUCAUGCUGCUUCGACUGCGUAGUGUCCGCUUGCUUUCUGGUUCAAGAGAGAAAGACCGCAACCUUCGCCGCAUCACUCGUUUGGUCCUAGUGGUUGUGGCAGCUUUUAUCAUUUGCUGGACCCCUAUUCAUAUCUUCAUUCUUCUGAAAGCUGUAGUGGCUAUUCCUGAGACCACACCACUAAUGGCUGCCUAUUUUCUGUGUGUUGCUCUUGGUUACACCAACAGCAGCCUCAACCCUAUUCUCUAUGCAUUUCUAGACGAGAAUUUUAAGAGGUGCUUUAAGGACUUCUGUUUGCCAGCAAGACGAAAGGGAGAUAGAGGGGUUGGAGGGAGCAGACUAGGGAGGAUUGCAUCCAGGCAGUCUCCCCAGGCUGCAGAGAGUGCCCCAAGGACAGCAAAGCCAGCAUGA